AUGAACUUUGAAACCACAGAAUUCACUUUCUUCAUCAUCCUUCUAAUUUGCCUCAGUUGCAUCUUCCUUUUAUUGGUGGUUUUUUUAUAUAAAUGUUCCCAAAGCAGGACAGAUGAAGAGACAGAAAAAGGUCCUUGUACAGAAAAUGAAGGUGAAGAUUGUCCAGCUACUCAUACAGAGAUGAAUGAUUUAGACAACCAAGAAAAGUAAGUCUGCACCUUAGGAUGUGGUGGAACACCAUUUUUGCAUGGCAUUCUUGUCCAGAGACGGAGUAAAGAAGCGAUGACCACACCCUUAGGAAAUAGAGAGGAUGUGGAGGGUGAAGAAGAGAACAAAACAAAAGAGAAACGAAAGCCUGAGAAUGCUGGAGAAAAUGGUCAAGAGGAUGACUAUUUGCAAAAACCACUCAUACCUGUCACUGGAAGUCCUUCAGUUGUUGAUAACCAUAAAAGACCCUUAAAAGGAGUAACAUUUUCUAGGGAGGUAAUCGUUGUGGACCUUGGAAAGGACAAUCCUAUAGCUCGAAGCUAUACUCGAUUACAUAGAGAGAGAAAGUGA